CGAUGAUGAAGGUUUUCAACAUGGAUGUUUGACGUCAUUCUGCUUGGUAAGUAGUCUGUUAUGAUAGAGAGUUCGGAACGGACGUACAAUUGUAUACAUAUAGUAGAUUGCAUGAUAUGGUUGAACAGGAAACCUGCCGGCUAGGUGAGUUUUAGUAACAAAGCGACUCACCAUAUGGCGUUAUAUAUUAUUUCCUUUACAAUUAUACCCUGGGAAUGCCGAUUGUUGGAUGGCUGCAGAGAUGAAUAACAUAAUCCAACUCACGCUUAUCAUAAAUCUAUUCUGAUAUGAGGGCUUCAAAACUACACUUGUUCUUUUCUAUAAUACAGGUUAUUCAGAUAAGAAAUUGUUUUCUGCUCAAACAAAUUAAAAUAUCAGAUGACAUCGUGUAUCCACUUCUUUAUCAUACGCCAAGAGACAAAAGAGAUAUUAGUGAUAACACCAAAGAGAAAUUGCUUAUAAUUAGAACAUCAAAUACUACAUUUUAUAUAGAAUUAAUUCCUAAUAAUGAGCUUCUAUCUGAAGACUUCGAGUUUGAAGGAUUUACAUAUGAAAAUCAUUCAUCUAAUCCUUGUUUAUUUCACGGAAAGAUUUUGUCUCAAAGUGGAGGAAUGGCAGCCAUUUCUACAUGUGAAGGGGAUGGUAAAAUGCACGGUUUAUUAGUUAUACCAGAAGGAAAAUAUACCAUGCAACCUGCUUCUUCAAUGCAACCACAUCUCGAUUUUCCAAUAGAGAAAGAAUCAGUUCCUCACGUACUCUUAAAGAACACUGAAGAUAUAGAAAAAUUUUGCGCUACUGACCACAUUGCACCACCAGUUGAUAUAGAAGACAACGAAAUUCCUAAUGUACACGUAAGAAGACGAAGAUCAAAACCACGAUACACCAUCCGGAUGGCUGUUUUUGUUGACAAAUCAUUAAUUGAUCACUACUCUGAUAAGAAAGUUAACGUUAAAUUUGCUAUAUUAAAUAUAUUAAAUCAGGUUCAAUUUAUUUAUAAAUACGAUUCUUUGAAAACUCAAAUUGAUAUUCGUGUUGUUAAACUGGAUUUGAGCGUUGAUGAAAAGAUAAGAAGGUUUGUAAAACAUUAUGUAACUGAUAGAGAGUUCGGAACGGACGUACAAUUGUAUACAUAUAGUAGAUUGCAUGAUAUGGUUGAACAGGAAACCUGCCGGCUAGAUGACAUCGUGUAUCCACUUCUUUAUCAUACGCCAAGAGACAAAAGAGAUAUUAGUGAUAACACCAAAGAGAAAUUGCUUAUAAUUAGAACAUCAAAUACUACAUUUUAUAUAGAAUUAAUUCCUAAUAAUGAGCUUCUAUCUGAAGACUUCGAGUUUGAAGGAUUUACAUAUGAAAAUCAUUCAUCUAAUCCUUGUUUAUUUCACGGAAAGAUUUUGUCUCAAAGUGGAGGAAUGGCAGCCAUUUCUACAUGUGAAGGGGAUGGUAAAAUGCACGGUUUAUUAGUUAUACCAGAAGGAAAAUAUACCAUGCAACCUGCUUCUUCAAUGCAACCCAAAAUCAUUCUUAUAUACCAUCAAUUAAAAAGUGANAAAAAAGUUUUAGGAUUGGCUUGGGUUAACGGAAUGUGCCGAGAUAGAUACAGUUGUACAAUAUGUGAAGCUCGCAGUUUCGAAGCUGCUUAUGUCAUGUCACAUGAAAUGGGUCAUUGUUUAUCGAUGAUGCACGAUGGAAGUAAUAAUUCUUGCAAUCCAGACAAAUUUAUAAUGUCGCCAAAAACUGGACCUGGAAAAACUAAUUGGUCACCUUGUAGUAAUAGAUAUCUAGAAGAAUUCCUCAGGAUGCCUCAGUCCAGUUGUUUAUUGGAUGAUAAGAAUGCCCGUGAUUUAACUUCAGAAAUGGAUCCUCGAUUACCUGGACAGAAAUAUCCACCUAGAAUUCAAUGUGAAUACGCUCUUGGAAAAGGCUAUAAAAUUUAUAAUAAUUCUAAACCUCCUUAUAAUAACAUUUGUCGAGAACUUUGGUGUGUUCAAGGUUAUUGGGCAACACCCGCUCACCCUGCUUUGGAAGGUAGCAGUUGUGGACAAGACAAGAUAUGUUUACAAGGAGAUUGUAUUAGGAAAUUGAAAUCUAUACCAAAAAGACCCAGUUCAACAGAAAGAAGUCCUGUACAUAGUAAAGUUGCAAAUAAUAAUGAAAAUCAGUCUCCUACAUUUCUAGAUAAAAUUAAAGGUUUUGUGAGAAACGUUUUCGACAAAUAUUUUUCUGGAAAGUGAAAGUAUUUUAGAAAAAUAAAGUUUUAAGUCUAGCCUGAAAGUCAUAAACGCACAGUAGAAUCUUAUAUAUAAUCUCACAAAAAUUGCAAAGUUUAAAUGUAUUACUUUAAGAAUAAAAAUGUUGAAAUUUAAUUUAACAACUU